AUGGCCAAAGAGAAAUUGCUGGUUGCCCCAACUACUCCAAUUGACCUCGACGAGGUCGACGAUUCAGCGAAAGACGCGAAAGCUGAGACGUCGGACAAGAAACCGGAGACUGAUAAGGAGUCCGAGCUGAAGGAAGAGGACAAAGACGAUAAGAAUGAAGAGAAAGAAGACAAAAAAGAGGACACCAAAGACAAGAAUGAAGACAAGGAAGACAAGGAAGAUAAAUCAUCUGGAAAGGAUUCGUCGAAGAAGGCUGAUGAAGAGUCAGACGCUCCUCCUCCUCCAGCACGUCCUCUUUCGCCUUUAUCCCAGGUGAAGAAAGACUUGAAGGAUGCGUUCCCACAGAUCGAAGAUAAGUACAUCCAGGCGAUUUUGAUUGCAUCGCAAGGGCAACCUGACCCUGCCUUCAAUGCUUUACUCUACUUGCUGGACCCAACGUAUACUCCUGAUAUCGCCAUCCCUGCGCCUCCGCCAGUGCCUCCCAAACAACAGGAUUUGACUGACGACGAGCUUUUAGCAAGACAAUUACAGAAGGAAUUUGAGAGAGAAGAGAGAAGACGCCGUUCCCAGCACCGUAAGAAGAGCGCUCCUCCUCCUGGAGAAGAGUCUCCUGAUGAGAUUGAGCAGUUGAAGGAGACUUUUACCCAGGGAUUCGAGGAAGCCAAAUCCACCAUUAAUGGCUGGGUGCUGGGGCUCUCGAGGAAGUUUUCUCAGGACCCUAAUGAGAAUCAAAACCGUAGCGGCCAGAACCGGGGCCAGAACCGGGGCCAGAACCGUACACAGAGCCCUAAGCUUUUCGGUGCCUUGGGUGGUUCUUCUUUCAACCAGAACCAGCGUGCUAAGCGCUUUGACGAGGACCCAGAGAUAUUGUCACUGGACUUCCACGACCAUGUAAACCUUCAUCUGGAGAAGGCGCCCCUGUUGCCUAAACGUGAACGCCCGAAAGAAGAGGAGCAACAUAAAUGGCAACCGCUCAAUUCCGAUGUGCCCGUGACCCUGGAUGCGUUUUUGGUUACGGAUCUGGAGGACGAGGAGCCUUCUAACACAGCCACAGGCGCUGCUGCUGCAAGUACUACUGAUAGUAAGAAAUAA